CAAUUUCAUUGUCUACAAAACACAUCUGAGAGAGAGAGAGAGAGAGAGAGAGAGAGAGAGAGAGAGAGAGAGAGAGAGAAACAUAUGGAUCCUACUUCAUCCACUAUCCAAUCUGAUGAGAUUGAAUAUCAAGUGUUGCAAUCUUCUUCUUCGAUGCCCUCACAUGUAGAUGAUAAGCUCUUGGUGAUAUCAUCACAACAUAUGGACCAUACUUCAUCCGCAGCCCCAUCCGAUGAAACUGAAGAUCAGGUGUUGCAAUCUGCUUCUCCACUCUCGAUGAUCUCAUCUAGUCAAUACGGCCUGGACCUCGCCGACCGACCGGAUUAUAGGCGAUGGCAUAAAUCUGGCUUGUCCAGGUGUGACAUUGAAAAGACUAGUCCGAAAGGCGAAAUCAGCAUUAGGCACAGAGAAACCGAAAGACAAAGAAGGCAAGGGAUGGCUACGCAUUUUCGGUCUUUGAGAUCGCUACUCCCGCUCGAAUAUCUCAAGGGGAAGAGAUCAAUGGCUGAUCAUGUUUAUGAAACAAUGAAGUAUAUAAAGGAUAUGCAAAGCAAGAUCCAGGAACUGAGUGACAAGAGAGAUGUACUCAACGAAUUGAAGUCACCCAACUCACGUGGUACCGACACAAAUGAUUGGCCGACAUGCCCUCCUUCUUCUUGGUCAUCCCGUCCCAAGAACAUUGUGAUCGUCGAAUCCUGCAAGAGAGGAGUGGAAGUAGCAAUUAGUACAGAGCCAGAACAGGGGAUGCCUUUAAGGAGAGUUCUUGAAGUUCUGAUUGGUGAUGAAGGGUUGGACGUGAUUAACUGCACCUCCACUAAAGUAAACGGGAGGCGAAUUCAUCGCAUUGAAUCCGAGAUUGUUGGCGGGCAAAGCGUCGGUCUGUCCGAGCUGCAACAGAAGUUAACGAACCUAGAGGCUUAGGGUAGAGGCCUCGAUGUGGAUUAAGUAUUGCUUUAUGAGAUGUUAGCAUUCCUUUUCUCUGUUAGCUAGUCAUAACAAAUGGGACUUAAGUUGUGCUCAAGAUGUUAAAACUUGGGAUAAUU